UCUUCCAAAGCCCCUCGGCAUCCCCAAACCCCAAUAUUGUCCCUUUCAAAGCCCAAAAAGCUACCCCAAAAGGCAAAAAGCCACGCUUGCCUCCUCGCCUUCACCAAAGCUCACAAUCCAAAUCAAACCAGAACUCUUCUCUUCGGAUCAAGCCUAUACAUAUAUAGUCUUCCCAGUUUCAGUUUUUGUAUCAGAUUAAGCAUUUUUUUCCUCUUUCUUGGUGUCAAUGGCUCUUGUGAAUAGAGUCUCAGGUUUCUCUUCUUGUUCUGUUUCAUCCCAUUUUGGGAAAGCUAAGACCUUUGGGCUUAACCCCAUUUGCUCUCUCAAUUGCACCUCUUCUUCUUCUUCUUCUUCUUCUUCUUCUUCUUCUUCUUCUUCUUCUUUUUCUUCUUCUUCACCCUUCACUGAGAAGCAUUCCGUUGAGAGGUACCAGAGGGACAGUUGGGUGUACAAUACCCAGGUGGAGGAUGCCUCCUCAUGGAAUCUCCCAUUUGAUUCCAAUUCAGUGAGGGAAAAUGACAUUGCUCUGCAGCUUCCAGAGCUUAAGAAGAUGCUUGGAGUGUUGAGGGAGAAGAGGGAGAGUGGAGGAUGUGAUGGAGGAGGGGGGAGCUGUGGACCCGGGAAUGUGUAUUUGGUGGGGACUGGGCCUGGGGACCCUGAGCUUUUGACACUGAAGGCUGUGAGAGUUAUUCAGAGUGCUCAUCUUUUGCUUUAUGAUAGACUGGUCUCCAAUGAUGUGUUGGAAUUGGUUGGGCCUGAUGCUAGACUUCUCUACGUUGGGAAGACUGCCGGAUACCACAGCAGAACCCAGGAGGAGAUACAUGAAUUACUUCUGAGUUUUGCUGAAGCUGGAGCUACAGUUGUGAGACUUAAAGGAGGGGAUCCACUGGUAUUUGGGAGAGGUGGAGAGGAGAUGGACUUUUUGCAAAAGCAGGGGAUUCAAGUGAAAGUUAUUCCAGGCAUAACCGCUGCAUCGGGAAUAGCAGCAGAGCUGGGGAUCCCAUUAACUCACAGGGGUAUUGCAAAUAGUGUUAGAUUUCUAACAGGGCACUCAAGGAAAGGAGGAACAGAUCCUCUUUUUGUAGCAGAGAAUGCAGCUGAUCCUGAUUCAACCUUGGUUGUUUACAUGGGCUUGUCUACCCUCCCUUCUCUUGCCCUAAAGUUGAUGCAUCAUGGUCUGCCAUCUAAUACACCAGCUGUUGCAGUUGAGCGAGGGACCACACCACAGCAGCGCUUGGUGUUUGCAGAACUGAAGGAUCUUGCUGAUGAGAUUUCCUCUGCAGAGCUAGUAUCACCGACACUGAUCGUCAUUGGAAAGGUUGUUGCACUUUCACCCUUCUGGCCCCAUUCUUCUAUAGAAGCAUCCCUCCUGGUAGAGGCGAAAUAGACAUUUGAGGCACAAUUUAUAUCAUCCAAGGUUUAUUUUUUGGGGGUUGGGCCUCCCAUUUUGAUCCAUUCCAACAUUUUUAACAAAGAGCAACCAAUUUAGAAGUCUGAUUGGCUUAUUUCUUCUGGGUGGUGGAGGGACAUCUUUUUUUAAUAUUUAUCUCAAGCGAAUUGAUUGAGACCAGGUAGAAUCUACAGAUAGCAGUAGAUCACAUCCAACCGAUAGCAGCUUCCCAGCAAGCUUGCAUCAUAUCCAAUUAGAGAAGUAACUCAUUGGUCAGGUAAAAUUUUUUUGUAAGAUCUCAAUUUUAUGAGCCUGAUUUUGUAAUGCAGAUGAUCCACGGAUUUUGAUCUGAUUCUUUCAAUAAAUUGGUUGAAAUUUCGCAAUGAUA